ACUUGGGAUAUGUGUAGCCCCUAACACAGUUUACGCAAAGAAGAGAGAACUGGCUUCCUUUCACAGUGCUGAGUUGGAAGAUUCUAUGCAAGUUCCAGUUAAGAAGAUUUAGACCGCAUAUACUAGAGAGAAAUGUACUUCGGGUGGUGUUGUUUGGAGUAGCAAAACACUGGACUACGCAAUGGGUCAGAAGAUUUUUAAUUCAGUACUGUCCUCGCAACCAUCUGUAUCACUGCAGCAGCCGUACCAGUUCUUAACAACCGUUGAUGUAACAAGCACCACUGUGAAACCAAAAACACCCGGAAACCCAUCUGGCUGCAUGAGUGUGUAUACAACAACUUUAACCGGACCUUCAGUACUUACAGCAAACACCCGACCAUUGCCAGAAGUGAGUAAGACAGUGGAUACCGAUAUUUCAAGUUCUUUUCAGACACAGUUUGGACCCUAUACCACAGCUUCAAGUCAUGGAAUUCCACAUAUGGGAGGUAAUUGUAUGCCUUUCGACAUCAUAGGUGACAACUUUGAUAUCUCAGUAAACCCCAAUGAGAUGACAAAAGACAGCCAAAGGCAGAGUCUUCACUGGUUCCUUUAUUGUAAGUUACAGAAAAGAGUACAUGCUGACCACUUACCGGAUAAUGGACAAACAGCAAAUAUAUCUGAAGUACCAAAUAGUGUUUAUGUUCCAACAAGCACAGAUUCAAAUACAAUGAAAAGUGACUUUGUAUAUUAUAUGGCUAAAACUGCAUGUCAAUACAUAGAUUUUCUUAAACCAAGUGAGUCGGUGUUAGAGGACUAUCUUCAGCAUGCCCACAUGAAGGAAAUGUCAGAGAAGAGUCAGUGUAGCUUAUGUGAGUUAAUUGACAGAUCAGAAAAUGACAGCGAAGGGAUUAUCACUAUCCUGGAUAGAAUUCAAAGAAAGGUUGUACCACACACACACACACACACACAAAAUCCAGAAGUCAUACAGAACGUUGUAUUUGGUGGUGAUGUCCUUACAAAUGAACGUGCUUACAGCGCUCAGCUGGCAAUGUCCAAUGGAAAUACGAACUACGACAGGUUAGGUGGCUUCAUUCACCGCCCAGAGGGUUUCCACAGAAUCAUAAAUUUUGUUCAGAUGAUUUAUCAGACGUUCUACAAACAGUCGGCAGAUAGAGGGACGCUGUGGCAGCUGAGAAAUGUAGUAAAUAGGAGAGACGUCAGUGGCCCAAAAGAAGUUGUUCAAAAAUUAAGACCACAUCAGACCUUCAUUGAGGAUACUCUUGAUGCCCACAUAGUCGCCGCAACCCUGAGACACUUUGGGAUGGCUACUUGUGAAGACAAACCAACUCGGAACUGUCCGCACCCAUUACUCCCGCACAGUGGGCAACAGAAGCAGUGGAUAGAUAAGCAGUUUAGUGCCAUUUUCGAGGAAGAAAUUGCUGACAGUAUGAACGUGUUUGAUGAAUUAGCCAGUGAAAUGGAUAAUCAUGACCGAGAGUUUUUCCUAGUAGAGGAAAUGAAAGGUGAGGAAUUAUAUAAGUGUUCAGAGUGCGGAAAAACAUACAAACGAGAAAAGGGGAUGAAAAAACAUUUGACAAAUGUCCAUAAGUGGGAAUUCAUGAAGGAGGCAAAGAAGGAUACAAAUAGUAAAGCAAAGACAUCACCAGUUGCAAGUGAAAUUGACAGUUGUUUUCUGUUUUUUGCAUUGUUGAUGAGAAGCACAGUUGAAGCAUUUAAACAUGACGAUGGAGAACGCGCGGCUAGGAACAUUAAGUAUGAAUACAUUCUUGCAGGAAUUGGGGGGCACACAAAAUAUCGACUUUGGUUGUGGCGAAUGCUAGCAUACAUGAACUGUUUACUAUCUCCUCGUCUGUCGUACGAGUGCAAAUGGAACAUAUCUGCAAACAUGAUUGGGGGACAUGCAGGAAAUAUCCCAAAUGACAACUUAGUGGAAAUUUCAGUUGAGACAGUGAAGAAAAAACUUAAAACACAGGGUGCCAAUGUGACAUUUAAGUCAGCCCAAACAGCCUGUCAAACAAUUCAGCCCCUAGCUGUAAUAAAAAGUGUGCUUGAAAAACAGUGUAAGGCUGUGAUAAAAAGUGGCAAGCAUGUGAAAAAGAACAAACAGAAUGACAUAGUAGAUAUGGUGCAACAGCUUAUGCUCGUUAAUAAAGUGCAAAAUGUACAAGGAUUUGAGGGUGUAAUUUUACCUUUGAACAAAGUUCAUAGUCAUGAUAUAAACAAGUGGCUGUUAGACCAGAAGAAAAGGGCAAAGACUGAAAUGACUGUGUAAAAACAAGUUUGCAGAUAGAUAUGACAUUAUCGCUAAUUUUGGGUAUAUUUGCUACCAAGGAAUCUAUUUACUGCAAAUGUUAUAGAGAUAAGAAUUGCCUUUGUACGUUAUACUGAAAUGUUCAUUAUCAGUGUAAAAUUUUACGCAUUUAUAGUGUUUGAAUGCAACACUGACCUUUUUUUUCUAAGGGUGACCUUUCCAGAUAGGUUUUACUGUAGUGAACUUUUUUUAUACUUCUUUAAUUUCGUUUCAUAAAGAAGUAUGAAUUUACAGUGUGUUGGGUGCUCAAGUGGAGUUUCACUGUAUUUACAACUUGUAUGAUAAUAUACAUCAUACACUAAAUACAUUUUUUUAAAUAAUUUCAGUCAUGCCUCUUAUUUUAAAUUUUGUUCCUUUUUCCAAAAAAGUUUACAUCUUAAGUUACCACUUAUAUGAUAACAUUUUAAGUUGUGUAAAAAGAAUUUUAGCCUGUGUAUUUGAACAAAGUUUUAUAAGCAACUCUUUUCAUCAAGUACCUGCUAAUUCAGGUCAUAACUUUGUACCAUGUGUAAAUUAAAUGUAAAAAUACAUAACAGAACUUUUUUGACACCCGCAUUUUUACUGUUUGUAUUGUAAAUAAAUUAAUUUGUUGUAAAAUGUAUGGA